GUGGGUUGAUAAAAGUCCUGCGUUGCAGCUGCUGUGAGCUGUAGUCACAACAUCAUGGAGCGGUGCAAGAUGUUUCUCCUCUCGCUGACAAACACUGAGCACGUAGUGAUACACGCGUGGAGCAUUGCUCUGGCGGUCAUCACUCAGGUGACCUCUGACAUCUUCUAUAUUCUGGCGAAGGACAGCAAUGUGCCCAACGCUCUGUUUCAGACUUCACUGAGGAACAUGACGGAGACCUUCCCCCUGGAGGUGACUAUGGACUGGUGGUCAGAAAUGUACUGGGUUAUGAUCGACUUUUGGUCAAAGGCUUGGCUCACGGAAGCAGUGGUCGGCCUUUUGACAAGAAAUGUCCUCGGUCCUCGGUCUUGCAAUCCAGAAAUCCACCCUCCGGUGUUUUACCUGACGUGGACGAUCAUUUGCAUCGUAAGAAUGUGCCACGACCCUCUAUGGGGCAGUCACGCUGUGUUUGCGGCAGUCUUCUUCCGAUGGCUGCUCCCCGUCCUCGCCUUCUACAUGCUCUACAUGUCCUACUCCAACCUGGACAAGCACAGAGCCUGGCUGGCCAUCAACAACCCCAGGCUGAUCUUUUGGAUACGUUUCCUGACCCAGAACGGGUUGGCAGCGUUCGCUUGGUGGUCUCUCUUGGAUGCUAUAGAGGGUUUUGGCAUCGUGCUCAAGUACAAAGCUGAUGUGACCGACCCACUGGUCAGCAGCAUUGUGCUCACCAUCAUCACCAUGUGCAUUAUAACCUGGUUCUUUCUUGAGAACUUCCUGUUGACCGAGUACCUGCGCUACACAUUCAGCGUUUACCCCUUCCUCAUUCUGGGCUUGGCUUCCAUUUUCACCCGGAGCUAUAAGGUGAAUGACUUCUCCGCAAACACCGUCUUCUGUGGGUUUAUUUUACUCCUGAUGACCCUCAUGAGUGUGAUCCACCUCAUCUCCGCAUGUUUGUACACAAACAAGCAGAGGAACCCUCCCGCGGAGGAGCCCGACUGGAAGUGUGAAGGCUGUAUGACAACUGUGUGCCAACCCGAAGGCAAGAUGGAGCAAACCAUGCACAACUGACCUCGUCCUCAUCAAGUGUUUGCAAGUGUUUAUUUUCAAACCACUUUCAAAGCACUUUGAAUGUGUCACCACACGAGAGCAGCAAAUACUCACAUCCCAUUGGAAACAUGAGCUGACAUAAAGAGAGGUGGUGCAAGAGACAUGAGGGAAUAUAUGUUAAGCAUAUGGAAAAUCACUUUGUUACCAAGCAGACGAAUCAACUGAAUUUCAUCCACGAAGAACAACCGACAUAUAUGAAAAUAAUAUGCUUCAUUUCAGUCCAAAUAUCACAGCUGGGUUAUUUUGUAAAAUCUAAAAUGUGUUUUUUAAAUUAAUGAACAUCAAAGUUUCUUAAAAACCUCGGCACACACACACACUCUCUCUCUCCCAUGUCCCCUGAGUGCAUCUGUGACGUGAUGCCGUGGAGAUUAUCACGUGCCGCAGUUUAUAAGUGCCCUCUUUCUUGAUGCAGCUUAAAGAACAGAAUAUCAAACACGCUUGUUGGCUGUGGAGAGGAGCAGCCGCGACCUUUGAUGAGGAUGCUGAGCUGAAUGGAACUGAAUAUCAGAUGAAAGAGGCAAAGAGAGUGAGAGAGAGAGAGAGAGAGAGAG